AUGUCGGAAGAGGUUGAUGACAUAACCAUGUUUGAUGGUGGCGGGCAGGCGAAGUAUUCCAAGUAUGAGGACUUGGGAGACGACAACGUGAUCGACGGCCUCAAAGUCAUCGCCGAGAGGGAGAUGAACUCCUUCCAGAAGCACAUGCCAGGACUCAAGAGGCAUGAUGUUAAGACCUCCACCAUCCGCCAGCACUAUUACCCAGAAGGUUGGAUUGGGUCGACCAGUCUGGCUGUGUCGCGUCUGUCAGCGCCUCUGGUGGUGGCUUUGUGCAGAAGGAAGAGCACGAGGCUCACAGCUGUCAUCGGUGGGCUCGUCAUGGCCCUCGCCAUUCUCUUCGCCUCCUUCGCCAUACAGCUCCACCAGAUCUUCCUCAGCUACGGUCUGGUGCUGGGUAUAGGGGUGGGCAUGACCAGAGAGACAGCCAACCUGAUGCUGGGUCAGUACUUCAAGAGGAGGAGAGAGUUUGUCGAGAUCAUUGCUCAGUCUGGCUGUGGCAUCGGCAUCACUCUCUUCUCUGUCUUCUUCAAGGAGGCCAUCAGGUCGGUAGGCUGGAGACUGGGACUACAGGCUGUGACUGGUGUGGUCUUCACGACCUUCUUCUUGGGCAUCUUCUACAGGUCGGCCUCCCUCUACCACCCACAAAGACGCGCUAUCCUGCACCUCAAGAACCAGAAGAGAAAGCAAGUGAAAGAUAAACACAAAAUAGACUCGGACAAGCCGCCCUACUUUGACCUCAGCUGCCUCAAGUUCCGUUCAGUGCAGGUGCUAAUAACGACGGCAGCUGUGACCUCCGUUGGCCUCUACACCCCUCUCUUCUACCUCAUCCUAGGAGCUCAGCGGGAAGGACUGGAGGACUCUGCUCUAAUCCUGCUGCAGACUUUCCUCGGGUUUGCCUACGCUCUUGGCUGUAUUGGCUUCGGUCUCAUUGUGGUGAAGCAGAGUGCCCAGUGUAUGAUCUCUCGUCAGUACCUGUGUCAAGCCUCCAUCUACGGUCUGGGUGUGACCAUGCUGGCGCUGACGGCGGUGCGUGGCUACUACGGUUACGUGCUCUUCAUGUGGCUUUACGGCCUCCUACUGGGGGGUGCUCACUACGCCUUCCAGAUGCUGACGCUGGAGAAGGUUCGGGCAAGACACUUCUCCCGUGCCUGGGGCUUCAUCCAGGGUGCUACAGCCCUCCCCAUCCUCUUCGGCAUCCCCAUCACUGGUUACAUUAACGAGAGCACCGCCAAGACCGGCUACUUCUUCGCCAGCUUCUUCCUCCUGUCGGGCGCCUCUUGUCUCUUCCUCCUCAACUACUUCAAGGAGCGGAUGGCCAAGCACGACACCAGUGUAUCCUUCACCACAGUUGACUCCCAUGUCCCCCACGACCCUUACGCCCUCCCUCUGGAGAAUGGGGGAGGUGGUGGUGGCGGUGGUGGUGGUGGUGGUGCAGUUGGUGCUAGUGGUGUUGGAGGUGGCGGUGGAGGCGUGCCGAAGACUACAGUAACAGCCUCACCCCAGAUUGCUGGGCCGGUGUGUACGUGCGGAGCCGACCCCAGUGCUCCACCUCCGCCACCUCUCAACCCCCAGAUACACGACCCCAGUAAAGCGCACGUCUUCAACAAACUGGGGAAAACUAUAUCAUUUGCGACCUCAGUGGACGUGAUGGAGCCGCGGCUCAAGCCAGAGCUCCUUACGUGCAUCUCUGAGGAGGGUUUGUUGGACCACUACUAUGACUAUGUGGGCGAGUGUGUCUCCUCCUGUAAAUAUGAUAAUGUGUUUUUCAAUGACUGUCAAGACAACAUGGACUUUGAUGCCGAGGAUGAGGAUGACGAGCCCAUAGCCAGACCACUGCAGCCCAAAGUGCCAAUACACCCGGCGGGGAGACGCUUACGGCAAACCAGUGGUGUGAGCUUCAGUGAGCCCGAGGGUUUAGCCAGGCUCGGGCAAGUGAGCAGUAGUGGGAGUGUCAGUGUGGGUGUGAGACGGCUGCACCCCACACACGAAUACAAUGUACCACCAGUGCCACGCCCGCCCAUACUGAGGCGAGCGCCUCCCCCCCGCCCCCGUCGCAAUAUCACCGUCAUAGAGGAGAUGACCACCUCAGUGUAGCCCCGGGUGCCAGUCACGGUUCAAGCCCCGUCACCAACACAUACCUGCCGCAGUCACCAUUCAUGCUGUGAUGAACACUCACCAGCACACACCUGCCGUAGUCAACAGUCAUGCUAUGAUGAACACUCACCAGCACACACCUACGGCAGUCAUCAGUCAUGCUAUGAUGAACACUCACCAGCACACACCUGCCGCAGUCAACAGUCAUGCUGUGAUGAACACUCACCAGCACACGCCUACGGCAGUCAUCAGUCAUGCUGUGAUGAACUGUCACCAGCACACACCUGCCACAGUCAGCAGUCAUACUAUGACGAACACCUGCAGUGCACCACAGAGUCACAGGGUUCACGAAGCCCUUGGUAUGUUCAUCACUCACAGGGUGUUGAAGAACCACAUGGUGCUGAGCAGUCUUACUCUGCAGAAUAUUCAGGCACAGAUGAACAAUCGUGCACAGGUGAACCAUCACACUGCACUGAACAUCCAUGCUGCAGUAAACAGUUCAGUAAUACUGAACGCAGGUGGCAUACCAGUUAAACUUGCUGUCCUGAAGAUUCAUGAUGACUCUCAGAAGCGCUGUACACGACACGGCAGCGGCAGUGAAACACAGCAUGUAAUGGCAGCAGCAGCAUUUUGCUGUGAGGGUGACGGGACUGACAGUUUAGCCACAAUAACAUAAACUGUUCAAGAGUCCCAGUAACAGUUGAGUCAACAUCACUUCAACAUACAUAACCGUGACAGGGGCACUACAGAAAAUAAAGGAAAUUAAUGAUCUACCAGAGGGUUAAAGGGGCUUUAAAAUUACCCCAUCGUAGACUUACCAUUCCUCCGUGGGAAAGGUGUUGGUUUACACUAGGCUUCCCUUAAUUGUUUUUGUAAUGAACAAAAAACUUCCAAGGUUUAACCAAAAGCUAACAGUGACACUUCUUGAGCAUGACAAAACUAUACAGUACAGUAUUCUAUAAGUCAGACUCGAGGUAAAAGGAGUGUCCUUGGACAGAGAGUCAUUGUAUCUCGUCAUAUUUGAUGUGCAAUAUUCCAUGUUUUUGAGGUCAGUAGUUUGUUUCUGUCAAGCCAUUUCCGUGGAAAUUUUACCAUAAAUAAGAGGAGUUCAGUUCCUGUAGUUAAGUGUAAUGCUGUAAGAUACACUUUAUAUUACGCCUUUGUGACAGGGAAAUUGCAAUAAGUUUAUAAUCCUAAAACACAAGAAAGAGAUCAUGGGAUACUCAUGUCUUGAGGAAAAAUUUGUACAUAAUAACAUUUGUAAGUAGUGCAUGUAACAUUUUUUGAUGAGCAUGUACAGUACAGUAGAAAACCGCUCAUGCUCCUGGCGUUGCUGUGAUAAAACACGAAAAUCACUUCACUUCUCGACAGACUCGCCAAAGUUGUUGGUUUUACUCUAGAGUGUUUUGUAAACAUUGUCCCCAUCCUGUGUUGCCCUUUGUAUUAAGUGAUCAAUAUCAAACUAGGUUUAUUAAUGGCAAGAAUUAGUGACCUGAAAUUUCAGUAAGAUGACUGACAAAUAUUUUACCAUGCAUAUGUAACUCUUAAUGUAGUGAGUACUCUAUGUUUUCUUACUAUGCUUCUCACACACUUUUGUUAAGCCUUUUAUCUGUGUUUAAUUUCCACGAGGCAUAAGUUGUUUUAACUUGUGUGUGAGUUACGUUUUAUUCAUUGAAUGAAACUCAUAAACGAUGACAUUAUGUCUAAUAAAUACCAAAGAAAUUGUUUACAAACUAAUGAUCAGUCGAGCGUUAUGUUCAGUAACAAUUCAUUUAUGAACAAUUUCAUGAUCCAUUAAAGUUAAUUAGGGAAUUAUUGUUAGUCCACAAAUAAGUGUUAACGAGAAACAUGUUUUCAUAAUAUUAAUUCCCAUCAUCCACAUAAAAUAAUGAUCUAAAAUCUAAUUUAAUAUUGUUAUAAACAAAAAGAUAUAUUGUCAUGUUUCAUUGUAUCUACGUUAACAACCCGACACAGUUUACUGUAUAGCACUAUAUCCUCCCAUGCCCGUGUUGAUAACAUCACUCACUAUCAAAACUGCAGCUGACAUACUGUAUGCUGACCCAUACUAGCUGCAUCUUCACUACUGGUGUAUGUGACUCAUCAUUGCUUUACUAUCUCAUUAUACAAGACAUUAUUUAGGUCUUUACAGCUACUGGUGCGUGUGUGUGUGCGCGCGUGCGUGCUUGCACGUGCAUGCGUGCAUGCUUGCGUCAGCGUGUAUGCCUGACUAACUGACUCAGUUACACGUGGUGUGUGUGUGUGUGUGUGUGUGUGUGUGUGUGUGUGUGUGUGUGUGUGUGUGUGUGUGUGUUUAUUAUCCCUCACUCAGCCAAGUUGGUGACGAUACAGUACAGUAAUUGGUUCCGUGAAUCAGUCCUUCCGUACGUCCGUUCCUUCUUUGGUUCGUAUCUGUCUCUCGUGUCUGUCUUAAAGUCCACGUCAGCUAAGUUAUAAAAUUUAUAAAGUAAUUAAUGUAACUGUGUAGAGUUGUCUGUGGCUGUAAAUGAUCCUCUGAUAACUGUGUCAGCUAGGCUCUUCUUGUUUGAUACUGCCAACAAAGUUCAUCUGUCACUACUUAAUAACAGACUGUUGGACGGAGACUUGUAGGCGGACGAAGGGCACUAAUUUACUGUCAACAAGAGAUCUGAACUAAUGUUACCGAGUCUAACAGUGUCGAGUCUCUGUUUUCUCCUCGGUAAGUCGUAUUCUGCCACGGUCCGAGUGUGUUGAUUACCUUCUCUGUCUCUCUACAAUGUGCUUUGUCUUUUUAUAUUGUAAAUUAAGUAUUUUGCGUUCCUAAUAGUAUAUUUUUUAGAUUAUAGACUGUGAAUAGAUUGUAAAUAAUGUUAGCUUCUUACGAUAAUGUCAAAUAGCACAAGAAAUACGACCUUUUAAAUUUAACUGUAUGUUUACCUUUCAACGUGGGAUUAUUAUAUUGGAAGCCUUCAUCAUGUUCCCAGGCAGGUAACACAGCACACGGGGCCCUGUUACCCCAGCUCUCCUGCUGUUUCAAAUUAAACCAAGCAAUAUGUUUUUCAAAUGAGAAAAUUAGACCACAUAUCUUAACUAAUGUUAGGGGAGGAACAAUGCAAACACACAAUUAACUUUAAAAUGUUUAGUAAUAAUUAUAAUACAUAUAAAAAGUAGCUUAUUGAAGAAGCUAUAAAUUUUAUAUUGUAUUUACGACUUAAUAUUCUUGAAUCCAGAAAUGUGUAUUGUACAAGUAAAUCGCCUCAUCUAAAUGUUGAAUGUUGUAUCACGCGUAAAUUCAACCUUCCUCCUUCAUCUCUCCACCACACUCCAACAUACCCGUCACACCGCUGUGGUAACAGUAUGUGUAACCCAUACAUACACCCACAUGGCCUUUGUGCAGCGUAUUCAUACCCAUCCAUGUGACCUUUGUUUAAUACUAAGACCUAAAUUGCUCUGGUGUUCAAUAUUCAUAUACACCCACAUACCCCUUGUGUGGUACACACUACACCCACAUAGUCCUUAUUUGUUUUUUGUUUUUUUAACUGUGGUGGAUCAGGGGAGGCACACAUUACAGUGUCCUCUGGAGGGUAAUGCAACUCACAUGUUGUUUACACUCAAGUUUGUCUUGAUAAGGACAUCGUGGAUAAGAACGAUGAAAAUACUCAACUUAGCUGUGUAAUAAGAAUGAGUGAAUGCACCAAGAUUAGAGUUGUAGUUGUUGAUGGAUGGAAUAUGUGAGACGUCAGGGCAUUCCAUAAAUACAAAGACCGAAGCUGAUUGAUGUUGAAGUUCGAUUCAAAGGAACUUGCACGAGGUAGUGGCGGCAUGAUAUAGAAUGGUGUGUGUUGCAACUGGGACUAAAAGGCGGGAACAAUAGAUCAUAUUUCAUUGGUCAUUUACAAUUGAAACAAUGACAGAAGAAAGAGAAUGAGAUGGACUAUCUGAUAAGAAGGUCGUUGAUAUGGCGAAUAUUUUUACCCUGUAACUCGUUCAACAGUGAGAAGAAUGUGGACCACCAACCCACACGUGGGAGCAGGGCGCUACAUGAGGGCAGACAUGGCGGGUAUAUAGUAUGGACAGUUUAGACAUAUAGCUGUUUCAAGGAAACUUUAAAACUUAUAUAAAGAUCAAUAAUAUUGAUAGUGGAGUUUCUUAAAAUGUGAAUAUUGCUGAAAGCAAGUGGAAGAUGGAGAUUAUCUUGUUUGCAAGGGACGGGAAGAGUUAAAUUUUGGCAACAUUGAAUACAUAUAACAAUAUUAUCUCUUCUCCGAGAUGUGUACUCGAGGACUUAGUUCAAUAUAAUGGUAGUUAGAUCUGCUGUAAGACGUGACUGACGGUGGGCAAAAUAGUGGUUAAUGGUGUCAACAGAGGAACUUGUGUUGCUGGAAGUAGCGGAGGUCAUUGAUAUGGAGAUAAAAGAGAGUAGGUGCAAGAAUUAAACCCUUGAGGCACUCCGGUAUUGGUGAGAAAGUAGAAUUGAAUUGAAUUGAAUUGAAUUAUGAACCGUCCAAAACUACACAAAAGUGGUGGUUGGAGGGGAACAAAAAAGCCCAAAAGAUGAAUGUUUGGUAAAGGUCUGAUGUCAUACUAUGUCAGAAACUUAAGAAAUGCCAAGGACAACCAGAUGACAUUCACCAAAGAUAUCGGGAGAACAGUCGAGUUGGGCGAGUGAGCAAGUCUGCGGUGGAACGGUUAGAAUCGGAAUCCUGUCGAGUGUGAGAGAAGAGUUGGUGUUCUUCAUGGUGUUUAUGUAGCUGUUGUGACUAGAAUCCCUGACUACAGAGAUGAUUGAGUUGAGACCUACGAGUCAUGUAGAUGCCAAGAGAGGAUGGAACAGUUAGAGUGGAUGGACCAGUCAGAGAGGAUGGAUCAGUCAGAGAGGAUGAAUCAGUCAGAGAGGAUGGAUCAGUCAGAGAGGAUGAAUCAGUAAGAGAGGAUGGAUCAGUAAGAGUAGAGCAAAUUAGGUAAAUAUAACCAAGCAGACAGUAACAAGUUCGGACACCUAUUUUUUAGAGAGUAAGAGGAAGGAUACCACUAGGUCUCAGGGUUUUAUUCACGUCUAGACAGGAAAGAUAUGAAAGUCCUAACUAAGUAUAACGAUUUUAACCGUUAUUUCUGAUGGGUUGUAGGACUAGGGUGGGUUAAACUACUUGGCUAAUGACCGAAUAGCUUUGGUAUUUGUCUGUUCAGAAAGAGGAGGUUAUUAUUUUAGACUGGAUGAAAGACUUUUAGGAUUUAAGAUGAUAAGCAUUUUAUGAAAUGUUGUCGACAGCAGGAGUGGGCGGGACCAUAUCGAAGUGCCGUGUAAAGUGGGAAUAAGGUUAUCAGAAGUCUUACCAGUCAGCUCUGUCAAAGUGGCAGGUGUGUGUGUGUUUGUGUAGAGGAGGACUGAAACUCGGAGAAAAAUAGUAAAAAUGUAGACACAAUGUAGAAGGAAAAAAUAACAUUAAUAGAUAAAUUAUAAUAUAUACUUACACUACAACUAUAUAGGCCUAGUGAUGCAAAUUACCUACACUAUACACGUAUGUAUGCUACACCCAUAUAGACUUGUAUGUCCUACACAUACACGACACUCAUGUAACACUAUUGCUACAGGUAAGGUGUAUUUUUGUAAAUUUAUCAAAUGUUUUCUUUAUAUACAGUUAGAUGUAAUUACACCAGCACUAACAUGUGAAGUGUAUUACAGGCGAGCGAAUGUUUACGUGAACAAAGUGGAGUAGAGACCAGAAGUAGGUAAACAGUGGUUGUUGUGUUGGCUGGAAACACAUGUAAACAACAGAUCCAGUGUUAGGAGGUUCACCGUGUAAGGAGUGGAGAUGAAUGGUGGAUCAAGCGAGGUAGUGUACUCGAGGUGACACUGAUGGUGUACGCCAGUGUGUUUGUAACCUGUUGAGGAAGGAUCUGCCCAUGUGCUUCCAGAGUCACUUACACCGGAGCUCAGAUCAGACGGUAAGAACUCGACUCGUGUAAACAAACCAUCUGAUCUGUGGAAGAUAAUCUUUCUACGUUUCGUAAUGUUUGUGUUUUAAUAUUACCCCAAGGACCUAAAUAUGGAAGUUGAAUAUAUUUAACGCCUUGAUAUAGUUAUGAAUGGGCAUGAAUUUAUUAUUAAGGAAAUUAUUAGUGUACAAUAAUGACUACAACUUGGAUAUGCGUUUUAUACAACCUCCCCUCCCCCCCACCACAAAAAAAUGUACAUAUUCUAUUUACAUUCAAAGUCAUAAGAGUGAAAGUUAGAACAGAUGUUGUAUGCCUCAUUGAUCACUAUUUUAAUACUAUUGAGCUUAUAUGAUUAAGACUUAGAACUUAAAAACACUUCUUCAGCCAUUAAGAGAAGGUUGACGUCUGUAUGUCUUAUGAAGGCUGUCACUCGUCAACACGGAUAUAGUAUGUUCCCUUAGUGAGAAAUUGUAGGCGUUUCUUACACUCGUAUGGGAACAGAACGAGAGACAAUUUGUAUGUGUGUUGAGUUAAUGUUGAACACACGAUAUAUCCUCGAACACCUCUAUCAGAAGUUUAAUGAAGUAAAAAUGGCCGCCAAAUCACUUUUAAUCAGAUCAUGGAUUUUGUCGAAAGUUCCAAGUUUUAAGAAAAUCUGUCACUACCUUUAAGGGUUAUCAUGGUGCCGUAGAGUUGAGGCCACUGACGUACUGUAUUGUCCCGCCAACUUAGGUUUGUUAGUAUCUGGAGUCCUGUAAACACCAUCAAAUCUUCACUCAUACACUGUCCUUCAUUGUUGUAAAUUAAUAGUAUUAAUUAAAUAUUCGCACAUCAUCACACACCCUUACACAUCAUCUUACACAUCUUCACAAACCCUUACACAUCAUCUUACACUCAUACACAUCUUCACACACCCUUUCACAUCAUCACACACUCUUACAUAUCAUCAUACACCCUUGUCUCCUAUUGGUCCAGAAAUUGACACACGCACUCAACAAAGGCACUUGCAGACAAGGAAAUAAGCAAGCUCGCCCGCACUCAUGUAUGCACAAACAUAUCCGCAACACACAUGCACAUCAUUGAAUGCCUGCAGGCAGGUUGCUCGCACAUGCACACAUGUACGCAUGUUUGUGCAAUUUUUUUUAAACAUUCAUAAUACAAAAAAGUUCACUUCUGACACACACACACACACCCUCAUAACACACACACAUA